AUUUCAUGGCUGAAAAUGUAGAUCGACACCGCAAUUCCGUAAUGAAUUUGGAAUACACUUUCAGUCAGCGUCUCGGGAAAAAAUGGCAAAUAUUUCGUCCUCACGAAGACACUCGCGUCACCUGGUGGCUGGGGGACAAUCCAUUUAGCCACCUACCGACAGCCUGCGUUAGCAAGGUACUCGAAGGGGUACCUCCCGAUGAACAAUCUAUUGAAUGUGGUAUGGCGACCGUAGAUUUUGAAAGACAGAGAACUCCACCGGCCAGCACUUCUAAAGAACCUGUUCUUCUGUUAGCCGACGACGUGAAAAUGCCUGCAAUUAUAGACCCAUCACCAAAGAAGCAACAGCUGAAUCCACCAGUAAGUCACUCUCCGAAGCAGAAAAAAAUCGAAAAUGAGAGCGAAAAUCGUUUACGACCUGGAUGA